UGCCUUUCAGUGUCACCCGUCAGUGCCACCUAUCAUGCCAUGCCCAUCAGUGAUGCCCAUCAGUACCACCUACCAGUGCCUCAUCAGUGCCACCUAUCAGUGUCCAUCAGUGCAGCCUAUCAGUGCCCAUUACUGCAGCCUCAUUAACGCACAUCAGUGAAGGAGAAAAAUCACGUAUUUACAAAAUUUUAUAACAAAAACUAAGAAAAAAGUUUUUUUUUU